GGGGAAAAGGAAGAAGAAAGGACACGCGGUUCUAAAUUUAGCUUUCGUCGGCUCCUUAAAUUUCUCACUCGAUCUUUCUUUUCUUCCUUAGCUUAAAAUUUUCUCAGCUGCUCUGUUUUUUCUCCUCUCCAUUGCAAAAUCUCUUCUUCCGUUUUCCAUUUAUAAAGAAGCCAGUUGUCUGUUGCCGCCAUUGCUGCAAUUCUUAGUAAUCUCCAGUUUUCUCCUCUCUAUUUUUUAAAUUUUAACUUUUUGCCGAUUCGGAUCUUCUUUCUUAGGGAACGAUAAUUCAAUCGGAUAUACCCUUUUUUUGGUUUGUUUUCUGGAAUCAUUAGAACAAAAGAGAGGGGGAGAAAGAUUGAUUCUUUCUCUUCCCUCAUUACAGUUCCCGAGACAAGUCCUAGGUUUUUUUUUUGUGCUUUUGAAUCUUUUUUUUGGGGCUUUUUUGUUUUGUUUCUUCUCGCAUUUUUGUCUUCUCCGGGAUGGGUUUUUUUUUUUCUGGAGCUGGGUUGACGAUUAUGUUAGAGACAUGAUUUCAAAACAGCUCCCUGUUUGAAUCCAUCCGCCAUUAUCGUCGAACUUUCUCUGUUUGGGGUGGUGUUCUUCUGUAAAGUUUUGCUGCCGUCCCGGAAGAGUUUGAAGAAAAAUGAGUUGCUUCUCUUGCCUCAGCCCUCGAACAAAGGACACAAGGAUCGACAUUGAUACCUCCGGGUGUAGCGCUCGCUACCCAAGCGACUUCUCAGUUAACGGUAGCAGCGAAAAUGGAGGAGGAACAGAGUCGAAUUCGGGCAUCUUAGUGAAUGGGAAGGUGAAUAGCCCAAAACCCGGCGGAGGAGCCAGAAGCUUCACUUUCAAGGAGCUUGCGGCGGCCACGAUGAAUUUCAGGGAAGCAAAUUCAAUCGGUGAAGGAGGUUUUGGGAGGGUUUUCAAGGGCCGUUUGGAUUCAGGACAAGUAGUAGCGAUCAAGCAACUGAACCCGGAUGGCCUUCAGGGGAAUCAGGAGUUCAUAGUUGAGGUCCUUAUGCUUAGCCUUUUACAUCACCCGAAUCUCGUUACAUUGAUCGGAUACUGUACUUCCGGUGAUCAGAGGCUUCUUGUCUACGAGUACUUGUCAAUGGGGAGCUUGGAAGAUCAUCUCUUUGACCUUGAACCAGACCAGGAGCCCCUAAACUGGAUCACCCGGAUGAAAAUAGCGGUGGGUGCAGCUCGUGGUAUCGAGUACCUUCACUGCAAAGCGAAUCCACCCGUCAUUUAUCGUGAUCUGAAAUCUGCAAACAUAUUGUUAGACAAGGACUUCAACCCGAAACUCUCCGACUUUGGACUGGCUAAACUAGGACCUGUCGGAGACCGAACACAUGUCUCCACCCGUGUCAUGGGCACUUACGGAUACUGCGCUCCCGAAUACGCAAUGAGCGGCAAGUUAACCGUUAAAUCGGACAUAUACAGCUUCGGGGUGGUGUUGCUCGAGCUGAUCAGUGGAAGGAAAGCCAUUGACGUUUCCAGAAAGCAAAGCGAACAGAACCUCAUCGCUUGGUCACGUCCGUUUCUGAAGGACCAGAAGAAGUUUGGACAGCUGGUGGAUCCGUCGCUUCGAGGGCGGCUGCCGAGGAGGUGUCUGAACUACUCUAUAGCGAUAACGGCAAUGUGUCUGAACGAAGAAGCGCAGUACCGACCGCUCAUAGGCGACAUCGUGGUGGCUCUGGAGUACUUAGCCGUUCAGAGCGAAGCUUCAGAUGCAGCUCGAGGCUCUCCAUGCCCGCCGUCGAGGGGAUGUGACCAGAACUGAAGGCUGAGUUUGGGAGACGAAGAAACCUCUGGCGGAGACAGAAGGUUUCUGUUGAUAUUUUUUACGUCGGUUAAGUUUCAUAUCGUUUUGUGAUUUUUUUUUUCUGUUGUAGCGUGUUCUUCUAAGAAUGGAUUUGGACGGGAGGUGGAUUUGCUGAAUGUGGAUUGGAUGUCCUGUAAAAAUGAGUUUUUUUUUCUUCUAAAACAAAAUUUCAUAUA